AAAGUGGCGCUUCCGGCGGAGCCGCACUCCGGCCCCGAUUCGGCUAACCAUCCGGAUCACACCGAUUUCAAAUUCAAUUCCGAGAUGGAGUCCCUCCCGAUCCCUCCUCUCGACCCUGAAUUCUUCUCAUCGGACAACGGCUUGGCCUCCGCCGCCGUCCCCUCGGAUGAAUUCAUGUCCGAUCUUGGCUUCGGGUUUGGUCCCGAUGACAAUUGCGACUUCGAGCUCACUUUCGACGACUUGGACAAACUCUACCUGCCGUCGAUGACCGAGGACUUCCUCCUUACCGAGGGAUUAGAUGCCGGUGCGGCCGAGUCUAAUUCGGGGUCUCCGGAAUCAGGUAGCUCCGCGAUUUCGGUUUCUGGCGAUGAUAAGGGGGGUCUGGACGUCUCCAGGUUUCUGAAUUGUCCUGCGUCAUCGAAUGAGUGUUCGGAGAAUUCUGGUGGGCCUGCGUCGUCUCAGGGCUCUGGGAUUUCCGAGGCGGUGGACUCGCAUUCGGGCAAUUCGGGUAAUUCUGUUACUGUUUCUUCCAAUGCGAUUUGCAGUUCAGAUGAUGAGAAGGUUAAGGUGGAGGAUGAAAUGGCGAAAAAUUACCUUGUGAAGAGGAAGAAAGAUAGCAACGACGGCAACGUGGAGCCAAGAAGUGCCAAGUAUCGGAGGUCAGACAAUAACAACAAUUCUGCUUCUGUGAAUGUGGGUGCAAAUGCGAACGAUGAGGAGGAGAAGAGGAAGGCGAGAUUGAUGAGGAACAGAGAAAGUGCUCAGCUUUCUAGGCAGAGGAAGAAGCAUUAUGUGGAGGAGCUGGAGGACAAGGUGAGGGCUAUGCAUUCCACUAUUACUGAUUUGAAUAAUAGGAUUUCUUAUGUUACGGCCGAGAAUGCUACUUUGAAGCAGCACUUGAGCAGCGGUGGCACCAUGUGCCCGCCACCGCCACCACAUUUAGGGAUGCACCCGCUUCCUCCCAUGCCACCGAUGGCUUAUCCAUGGAUGCCAUAUUCGCCCUAUGUGACGAAGCCACAAGGGUCCCAGUCCCUUUUGUUACCAAUUCCUAGAUUGAAAUCCCAGCAGCCAGCGGCUGCGCCCAAGUCCAAAAAGUCGGAAAGUAAGAAGAGUGAGGGUAGAACUAAGAAGGUUGCUAGUAUUAGUUUUCUGGGUCUGUUGUUUUUUAUCUUGCUUUUUGGUGGGCUUGUUCCUAUGGUGAAUGUUAACUUUAGUGGUGUAAUGGAUAGAGGUUUUGGUGGGUCUUCUUAUGUUCGUGAUAGGUUCCAUGGUCAAAACAGGGGGAGGCUUUUGAAUGUUCACAGUCAUUUGAACGGAUCUGAAGAAAUUAUAUCGUUGGGCAUAUCUGGUGGGAAAUUCGAUGUCUCUAACAAAAUUCUUCAUGAGAGGGGUCAUCAUACAAGAAAUAUGCCGAAAGAACAAGGGUCACGACCAGUUCCAGGUUCUGAUGAAUUUGCUCGUCUGCACAAUACUAGUAGUGAGCCACUUGUGGCUUCUUUGUAUGUUCCAAGAAAUGAUAAGCUUGUCAAGAUUGACGGAAACUUGAUUAUACAUUCGGUCCUGGCCAGUGAGAAAGCCAUGGCUUCCCAUGAGCCUUUUGAAAGGCAAAAUAGUAGAGAGACUGGUUUGGCUGUGGCUAAAGAUUUGGUUUCAGCAUUAGCAAUUCCUAAACCGGGAGGGAACAGAGGGAUUCAUGCUCCCUUAUACAGAAAUUCUGCUGGACCACACAAGGGUCUCACAAGUGGUUCAACUGAUGUUCCAAAGGAUCGUAUGAAGUCAACUUCAGCUGAUGGUAAACUGCAACAGUGGUUCCGUGAAGGUCUUGCGGGACCAAUGCUGAGUUCUGGAAUGUGCACUGAAGUAUUUCAGUUCGAUGUCUCAGCUACUACCUCUUCAGGAGGUAUAAUACCUGCAUCUUCAGUUUCGAAUGUUUCUGAAGACCGUCAGAAUACUACAGAGCUGAACAGGGGGAGGAACAGAAGGAUCCUCCGUGGUCUCCCAAUUCCCCUUGCUGGAUCUGGUCAUAACGUCACCGAAGAAAAUGUGAAGGGAAAUCAACGGAACAGCGCCCUGCCCGGUAAUAGAUCGGUUUCUCCCAUGGUUGUCUCUGUUCUUGUUGAUCCUAGAGAGGCUGGUGAUAUUGACGUGGAUGGCAUGAUCAAGCCGAAGUCACUUUCUCGAAUUUUCGUUGUCAUGCUUUUAGACAGCGUGAAAUAUGUCACAUACUCGUGCGUGCUCCCUCGAUCUGGUCCUCACCUGGUGACUACUUGAACAUGGAGAAGCGGCUUUGGAGUUUUGAAUGAUGACGACAACUAUAUCUACUAAUUCUAGAAGCUCCCCCCUCCCCCAAAAGAAAAAAACACAAAAAAAAAAAAAGGCCAGUUUUGUAUAUAAACAGAAGAAGAAUUGAUUGCCCGUAUAAGAGAGGGCUUUAACUUACUGUGGAAGGUUUGGUUGUAUGCCCUUCCUGUGUUAGGAAACAUGUUUCAGAAUAAUUAUCAUUAGCUUGCGUGUGCACGCAUAUGUUUCGCUCUGUGUUUUGUUAUUGAUGAUGAUGAAAAAGUAUUUUCGUAGCCA